AUGCCUGUUGAUCCAGAAAAAUUAGCUAAAUUACAAAAGGGAGCUGCCAAAAAAAUUGGUGGUACCAGAGUUAAAGCUAAAAAGGUUGUUAAAGAACAAGAUGAUACUAAAUUAAUUGAAGCUUUAGCUAAAUUAAAAGCUACUAAAGUUGAAGGAGUUGAAGAAGCCAAUUUCUUUAAGGAAGAUGGUACCGUUUUACAUUUCAACAGAGUUGGUGUUCAAGGUGCUGCUGCCAAUAAUACUUUUGCUUUCACUGGUUAUCCUCAAGAAAAGAAAGUUACUGAUUUAAUUCCUCAAAUUUUACCUCAAUUAGGUGCUGAAAAUUUAGAAAUUUUAAGACAAUUAGCUGAACAAUUACAAGCUGGAAAGACUCCUUCUGAAUUACAAGCUCAAGCUGGUGGUAUUGAAGAAGAUAUUCCAGAUUUAAUUGAAGGUCAAUCUUUUGAUGACGUUGAAUAA